UACCAGGAAUGAUGCCACGAAAGUGUAGUAUUGUCAGUGUAGCAUGGGUUUAGAUUUUAACAGUAGUAAGAAAAGAAAGCUAACCAAAAUAUAAUAUUAUGUGUAUUCAAGAAGCCUUUAAUUUGUCCUGCCAUCAAAACAUCUAGCUCUAUUUUUAGCGUCAUAUUUUUUUGUUUUGAGUCUCAACAAGGCUUGUGAUUGAUACCUACCCAAUCCUUUCGGUUGAUGACUUGGCUCAUUUGUAUUUGUGCGACAUGUUUAUUGUUAAGUUCCUUGUUGAUGCGCAUCUCAUCGAAACUAGCCGCUCUAUCAACAUUCCCUGUUGUGGAAUCUGGUCAGGCUUGAAAAUUCACCUUAACCUGGUUUCAGGUCCUUCCAACUGGGCUCCUCCCUUCGGAGAAAAUCUUAAAACUCUGAAGGUCAGGACCAGAAGUCAUUUCUACGAUUAAGAGAAGAGCGAACACUUUCAAGCAAACAAAGCCAAGCAAACGAGAAAAAAAAUGGUGUCUAUGUGUCGACAGAUCCUGGGCAUGUCCCUAGGCAUUAUUGGUUUCAUAGGAGCUAUUGUGAUUUGUGCCCUUCCUAUGUGGAAGGUGACAGCAUUCAUUGGAGCCAAUAUCGUUACUGCGCAGACCAUCUGGGAGGGCUUGUGGAUGAACUGUGUGAUACAAAGCACAGGACAAAUGCAGUGCAAAAUCUAUGACUCCCUCUUGGCCUUACCUCAGGACUUGCAGGCUGCUCGGGCACUUGUGAUAAUCGCCAUCAUUGUGUGUGUCUUUGGGAUCAUCCUGGGAAUUGCUGGAGGAAAAUGUACAAGCUUUGUCGAGAGGGAAGACACAAAGGCAAAGGUGGCUAUCGCUAGUGGUAUAAUCUUCAUCGUUGCUGGAGUGUUGGUUCUGGUCCCCGUCUGUUGGUCAGCUAACACCAUCAUCAGGGAUUUCUACAAUCCCUUGCUCACAGAUGCCCAAAGAAGGGAGAUUGGGGCUUCUCUCUAUAUUGGAUGGGGUAUGCUGGGCAUGUCCCUAGGCAUGAUUGGUUUCUUGGGAGCUAUUUUGAUUUGUGUCCUUCCUAUGUGGAAGGUGACAGCAUUCAUUGGAGUCAGUAUUGUGACUGCUCAGACCUUCUGGGAGGGCUUGUGGAUGAACUGUGUGAUACAAAGCACAGGGCAAAUGCAGUGCAAAGUCUAUGAUUCCUUGUUGGCCUUGCCUCAGGACUUGCAGGCUGCUCGGGCACUUGUGAUAAUCGCCAUCAUUGUGUGUGUCUUUGGGAUCAUCCUGGGGAUUGCUGGUGGAAAAUGUACCAGCUUUGUCGAGAGGGAAGACACAAAGGCAAAGGUGGCUAUCGCUAGUGGUAUAAUCUUCAUCAUCGCUGGAGUGUUGGUUCUGGUCCCCGUCUGUUGGUCAGCUAACACCAUCAUCAGGGAUUUCUACAAUCCCUUGCUCACAGAUGCCCAAAGAAGGGAGAUUGGGGCUUCUCUAUAUAUUGGAUGGGGUGCAGCUACACUGCUGAUCCUGGGAGGAGGAAUACUGUGUAGCUCCUGCCCACCUAAGGACGACAACUACAACAUCAAGUACUCUCAGCCACGGUCUGUUGCCAACAGCAAAGCCUACGUCUGAAAAAGAUCAAGCACACAAAGACUUUUUACUUGCAAAGACUUUUUUUUUUUUUUUUGUAAAAACCUCUUUAUUCCCACCUGUGAUUUUUUUUCCAAAGAGAAGUAGUAGAAGGACAGUGUCUAAUUUACUGAGGUUUUGUGCUGUGAUUAUAUAGAUCACUGAAAGAGAAAAUUGUGCAUGUAUAAUGUGAUGAGAGAAAUCAAACUCAGGGAAGCAACAGAGAUCUGUUUUUUGUAAACAAGCCAUUCUCGCAAUUUGUGUGUAUUAUUAUACAAGGAAUAGUUUCAUUAAUCAGAAAUGAUAUCUAAUGGUUAAUAAAAUACAAUGUCUAUGUAUGUUAACCUUUUUACCAAGGGUUUUUUUAUUUUUAUUAUUUUUUAUGUCACAAAUUAGCAUUUUUUUUUUUUUUUUUUUUUGCACAAAGAUGUCUUGAUCAUUAAAUUUGUCUUACUAUUUUGUUAUUAAAAGAAAUGGUUCUCUAAAACAACUUAUUGAUACUGCAUUGACAUCAUUUCAUACUAAUGGUUUGACAAUACUUAAUAUUGUCACGUCCAAUAAAACAUUAUUCAUAAGAUCAUGCUCGCCUCUGACAUGGUGUCUAAACUGUUGAAAAACUCAACAGAGAUGUUGGCAAAGAUCUCCUGUAAAAACAAUAUGACCAAUUUCGCUGCAAAAAAAAUAAAUCAACAUUUUGCUGUAAAAGGAAACAAUAAACAAUUAUCAGGCAUGU